AUGGAUCACAAACACAACACUCGAACAGAGUUCACCAAAAUUAUAGCAUACGAACAAGCUCAACAAAAAAAUGAUGAAAAAGAUUUCGUGUCACUGUCUGGUACUGUAGUAUCUCCAAGUAUGAUUAAUACAAGAUCAAUUCCAUUUUUUUUGACCAAGAGAAAAACUGUCGACAUGGAAUGUGAAUCAAUGAGUCGCAACAGCAAAGAAUCUCACCAUCGAUAUUCAUGUGUAGUACUAUUAAUCUUUUUAUUGGUCACAGUACCCGGAACAUAUGCUUAUAAAACCACCGGCAAAGUCAAUCGAAAGCCACUUCGUAAUGCCUUCAUCAAUGCCAAUACUGUUUGGUCAGAAACAGGCACAUUUGUUGCGGGCGGAAACAAUGCGGGCGCUUUAUUGAAUCAACUUUCCUAUCCAUAUGGUUUGUAUGUUGAUAGUAAUCAAACGAUUUAUGUUGCUGAUGAGCAGAAUCAUCGUAUCGUUGCAUGGGAUCACGGUGCUACUGAAGGUCGAGUAGUUGCUGGUGGAAAUGGAGCUGGAAAUCGACUGAAUCAAUUAGAUAAACCAUCCGAUGUUAUUGUCGACGAAAGAACGAAUAGUAUUAUCAUUUGUGAUUAUGGUAAUCAAAGAGUAGUUCGAUGGAAUCUACAUAACCGUACAGCUGGUCAAGUUCUUCUCUCGAACGGAGGCUAUUUCGGAUUAACAAUGGACAAUCUUGGAUAUCUGUAUGUUACCGAUCGAUCAAGAAAUAAUGUUCAACGAUGGCGAAUGGGCGAUAAGUAUAUGACUGUGGUAGCAGGUGGCAAUGGGAAAGGUGAUCGGCUUGAUCAAUUUGAUCAGCCAAGAUAUAUAUCUGUCGACCAGGAUUAUUCUAUUUAUGUAUCAGAUUGGAAUAACGAUCGAGUGAUGAAGUGGAUGGCAGAUGCCGACGAAGGUGUGAUUGUUGCUGGUGGUCAAGGUAAAGGAAAUAGUUCCAAACAAUUAUCGUAUCCUGAAGAUGUUGUCGUUGAUCAACGUGGUACAGUUUAUGUCGUCGAUCAAUGGAAUAAUCGGGUGAUGAGAUGGCCUAAAGGAGAAACCCACGGAAACCUUGUUAUUGGUGGAGAGAACAUGAAAGAUCAAUCGAAGCAGAUCUACCGUCCUGUUGGUUUAGCGUUUGAUCGAUACGGUAAUCUUUAUGUUGUUGAGCAUGGCAACCAUCGAGUUCAAAAGUUCAGCAUCAAGUUAAUUAAUUAUUCAAAAUGA